AUGAAGAAAGUUCCCAGAGAUGUUCGCCAUAGAUUUCAAGAAAAUUUAAAGGAAUUUCAAGCACAAAAAAUGGGCAAUGAACGGGAAGCAAUAAAUACAUUUGGGCCUAGUAUGCAUCCAUUUGAAGGUGAAAUGGAAGGUCAAGAUAGUGAAAGUCUUCAAGAUAGUGGGCCUAGCGAUUUAUCAAGAAAAAAAAGAAUAUCUUUCAUCAAAUUUGUUGAUGCAUUGGACCUAAUUUCUGAUGCUCAAACUCUUUGCAAUUUGUUUGCUGAGAUCAUGGAGAUUGUUGGUUGGCAAAAUGUUGUUCAUAUGAUCACAGAUAAUGCAGCUAAUUAUAAAGCUGCAGGAAGAGUACUUAAUGAGAAGAACUUCAACAAGAGCAACUCUCGAGAUCCUAUUGAUUAUGAGUGUAUUGACAAUAUUGAUUCUUGGGUUGUAGAGAAUGCGCCUUCAUGGGAACCCGAACUUAAUCUUGAUGAGUUUGAAAAUAUGGUUGCUCAACGAGAAGAAGGGCAAGAACAAAGAGGAGGGCAAAACGAAGAUAUCCUCUUCCUCCGUGAGCUCGUCGAGCGAGAUCACUCCGAUCCCGUCCUUUUCUCAAAGCUCGGUCACGUCCGGCUCCAGAUGGGGGACCUGGACGGUGCCCGUGCGACGUUUGCACGCAUGGAGAAGCUCGUGAAGGGGCACGGGGUGGAGCUUGAGAAUCUCGCAGAGAGGAAUCGGGCUUUAGAGCAUCCGGUGAACAAGGAUUACGCAUCGGCUGUGAGGGAGUACGACAAGUGCAUUGAGAGGGAUCCAGGCAAUGUUGUGGCCCUGAACAACAAAGCGUUGUGCUUGCUGUACUCGCGCGACCUCUCAGAUUCAAUCAAAAGUGCUGGAAGGGCGCUGGAGAGAGUGCCUAUGGUGGCGAUGAAGGAGACUCUGGUUGUGAACUUGUGCAGAAUGUAUGAACUGGCGUAUGUGAAUAAUGGUGAGGUGGAUAAGAGCCUUAGUAACUGGAUUGCUGGGGUUGCACCAUAUGAUUUUGAUCCUUCUUGCACGCGCAUUUGA